AUGGACACUACUAACAUUCAAAAUGAUGAAUUAAUAUUAUCACAACGAAUCUUAUCAGGAAUAAAUUCUUCACAUUAUCAACGAAUUGGAGCAUUCGUUCAAAAUGAAUAUGGAAAAAUUCUUUCUGCACAUAAAGAAUCAUCAUCAUUAUCUACUUUAUGUGAUUUUACAUUUGGUAAUCCACAUAAUAUGGCAUUACCUACAUUUUUAUCUUCAUUUCAUAAAUAUAUUGAACCAUUAAAUGUUGGGUGGUAUGGUUAUUGUAUGGCAACAAAUCCUAAUACGGAACCAUCUCGUCAAAUCGUUGCAUUAAAUCUAUCAAAAAGAUUUUCACCAUUAUCAUUUCAAUCCGAAGAUAUUUAUUUAGUUAAAGGAAAUUUCGGUGGACUUUAUACAUGUAUAUCUAUGUUAUUAAAUCCAAAUGAUGAAGUCAUUUUUCCUAUUCCAGCAUGGUUUUGUUAUGAAGCAAUGAUUAUUUCAUGUCAAGGUAUAUCCAUUGAAGUUAAUAUUAAUCUAAAUACAUUUGAGUUAAAUCUUGAUGAAAUUAAAAAUAAAAUUACUGAUCGAACAAAAAUAUUAAUUAUCAAUACUCCACAUAAUCCAACAGGAAAAAUUUAUUCAUCAACAACAUUAGAAUUAUUAUCAAAUAUUUUAUUAGAAGAAUAUGAAAGACGUCAACAAAAAUAUGGUCAUCAAGCUCAACCGAUUUGGUUAGUAUCCGAUGAAGCAUAUAAUAAUAUUCUAUUUAAUAAUAAUAAAUUUUAUUCUCCAGCUGAAUUUUAUCCAUAUACAUUUUUAUGUUAUACUUAUGCUAAAACAUUAUUAAAUCCAGGUAUUCGAUUAGGAUAUAUUGCAUUAUCAGAAAAAGUACCUUUAAAUUAUCGUUUAUUAUUUCAAAAAUAUUUACCUCAAACACUUAUUGUAAAUGGAUUUCAAGUACCUGAUUGUGUUACACAAUAUUUGGUACAAGAUAUUGAAAAAUUAGCAAUUAGUAUUGAUAUAGAAAAUUUAGAAAAGAAAUUAAAUUCAGUAUUAGAUAUAUUAUCAUCAAUUGGAUAUGAAAUACCAGUAAAACCAGAAGGUACAUUUUAUAUACUUAUUAAAUCACCUUUAGAAGAUGAUCAAGCAUUUUGUCGUUUAUUAUCAAAAUAUAAUGUUUUAUGUUUACCUGGUGCAGUAUUAGCAAUACCAGGAUAUUUUCGUAUAUCAUUAACUGCAAAUGAAGAUAUGAUUGAAAGAAGUCGAGAAGGAUUUAAACAGGCCUAUGAAGAAGCAAUGUCUUCUAAUUCCAAUCAAGCAAUUCAAAGUGAUAAUAAAUAA